GUGGGUAGCGGUGCCGGUACUCUUUGAAUAGGCGGCGCGUGAUCUUGUCUUCCUUUCUUUCUCUCGUUUUGCCGCUAUGUCGCUUCGCAGCAGCUUCGGCCGGCUCCUCAGGCAGCGGGCGGGAUCCACGUUGAGGGUCCAGAAGAGACCGGCGCACUCGGUGGCCCUGAUUGGAGCCCCUUUCUCCCGGGGCCAGAAAAAAAGCGGCGUGGACCAUGGCCCUGCUGCCAUCAGGGACGCCGGGCUGGUGGGCAAGCUCUCCCGAAUGGGUUGCCAGGUAUAUGAUCUGGGAGACUUAAAUUUCACACAGGUCCCCAAUGAUGAGCUCUACAACAACCUAGUGAAAUAUCCACGCUCUGUAGGAUUAGCUAGCCAAGUUCUAGCUGACACUGUGAAUGGAGCCGUGGCUGCUGGUCAUAGCUGUGUAACCAUCGGAGGUGAUCACAGUUUAGCACUUGGUUCCAUUAGUGGCCACACAAGGCAGUACCCUCACCUCUGUGUAAUCUGGGUCGAUGCACAUGCGGAUGUUAAUACUCCACUCACCUCGAAUUCAGGGAAUCUCCAUGGACAGCCAGUUUCGUUUCUUUUAAGGGAGCUUCAAGAUAAGGUGCCACAGCUUCCUGGCUUCUCUUGGCUAAAACCCUGUCUUUCACGAUCAGAUAUUGUAUAUAUUGGCUUAAGAGAUGUCGAUCCUGCUGAACACUAUAUUCUGAAGAACUAUGGCCUCCAGUAUUUUUCAAUGAGAGAUAUUGAUCGCUUGGGGAUCCAGAAAGUGAUGGAAAGAACCUUUGACCAUCUUUUGAACAGAGGACAAAGACCUAUCCAUCUCAGCUUCGACAUUGAUGCCUUUGAUCCAUCAUUGGCUCCGUCAACCGGGACUCCUGUCUUGGGUGGCUUAACAUAUCGUGAAGGAAUGUACAUUUCAGAGGAAAUACACAACACAGGCCUGCUUUCAGCUGUGGACCUUGUAGAAGUAAAUCCGUUGCUUGGAACAUCCCAGGAAGACGUGGCUGCCACAGCUAACCUUGCAGUGGAAGUGAUUGCCACAUGCUUUGGCCAAACAAGAGAAGGGGCACACAUUGUUUUCGAUGGCCUCCCCACUCCUAGUUCCCCGGAUGAAUCUGACAGUGAAGAGCAAGUGCGGAUUUGAGAUGCUGGAGGCCAGCAGAUGCUUUGCAACGGGGAUUAUGUUACAUUCUAGUGAUCUAUUGAAAUGGACGGGCAAAGAACAGACUGUAUUACGCUCUGAAGUGUUCACCAAUUUGCAGAGACUAGUUCUUUUUCCCCAUUGUGUGACCAAAGAGCUGUGUUACAAGUUAGACAUGUCAUUUUAGACAAAUGUUUAUUACUUUGUAAUUACACAAUUUUAUGUCAGU